AUUGACAGGCAGUUGAAGCUUUAAAAUUUUUUCAGAACUCAGAAGAGACCAUCGUUAAGAAGAGAAAGAAGGAAGGAGAAAAAGAGACAAAGAGAGAGAAAGAAUGAUUGCAGACGGUGUGGAAGACGAAGAGAAAUGGCUGGCGGAAGGGAUCGCCGGCUUCCAACACAACGCCUUCUACAUGCAUCGAGCUUUGGAUUCGAACAAUCUCAGAGACGCACUCAAGUAUUGCGCUCAGAUGCUCUCCGAGCUUCGGACUUCCCGGCUUUCCCCGCACAAAUACUAUGAGCUCUACAUGCGGGCGUUCGAUGAAUUGAGGAAAUUGGAGAUGUUCUUGAAGGAGGAGACGAAGCGUGGCUGCUCUGUAAUUGACCUCUACGAGCUUGUACAGCAUGCUGGAAACAUACUACCUAGACUGUAUCUCCUGUGCACGGUAGGGUCUGUAUACAUCAAAUCAAAGGAGGCUCCUGCUAAGGAUGUUCUUAAAGACCUUGUGGAAAUGUGUCGUGGUGUUCAACAUCCUGUACGUGGCCUUUUUCUCAGGAGUUACCUUUCUCAAGUCAGUAGGGAUAAGUUGCCCGAUAUUGGCUCUGAGUAUGAGGGUGAUGCUGACACUGUCACGGAUGCCGUCGAGUUUGUACUUCAAAACUUCACGGAGAUGAAUAAGCUUUGGGUCCGCAUGCAGCACCAGGGACCUGCCCGGGAAAAAGAGAAACGGGAAAAGGAAAGGAGCGAGCUUCGUGAUCUUGUUGGCAAAAAUCUACAUGUCCUCAGUCAGAUAGAGGGUGUUGACCUUGAUAUGUACAAAGAUACUGUGCUUCCAAGAGUUUUGGAGCAGGUUGUGAAUUGUAAGGAUGAGCUUGCCCAAUAUUACUUGAUGGAUUGUGUAAUCCAAGUCUUUCCAGAUGAAUAUCAUUUGCAGACUCUUGAAACAUUGUUGGGUGCUUGCCCCCAGCUUCAGCCGAAUGUUGAUAUCAAGACAGUGUUAUCAGGACUGAUGGAUAGACUAUCAAACUAUGCUGUUUCAAGUGCUGAAGUAUUACCUGAAUUCUUGCAGGUAGAGGCUUUCGCUAAAUUGAGCAAUGCCAUUGGGAAGGUAAAUUUUGCAAUUGCCUAGAUUUCCCCCUUAUUU